AUGAAUUUAAGAGGCGUUUUGCCAUUGUCUAUCGGAUAUGUCAAGUCUUUUUGCGGAUGUUGCGAUGGCAACGAUGAAGAAAAAAUAAGCUUCGCAAAGUACGAGCGCUUUGAUGACGAUGACCAAGAAAUGCAAGCUGCCAGCGAAUGGGAAACGCUUGAUGAAAAGUCUUUGGAUGCAAAGGAAAUGAAUCUGGAACCCGGUAACACAAUCACGGAAUGGCAAGCGGGUUGGAACGUCACUAAUGCAAUUCAGGGCAUGGUUCAUUGUCAGUUUCCGCAUAUGACUGUACUUCAAGGAGGCUAUUGGGGAAUCUUAGUGAACUGUGCACAGAUUAUUGAGCUUCUGAUGACAUGUAUAUUGUAUGUACUUUUAUUUUCUUCUCGUUUGCAACUUAGAAGGAAAUUCUUGUGCAAUCUUGUAGUAAAAAGUUUUAUGUUUGCUUUGGAAUGCACGCUUAACGGCACGCUUCAGGGUCCGUCACUCUUUUUAAGAAGGCAUUAUAUUAUUCCGUACAUACACUGGGCGGUCUUUCCUUCUCUCUUCCUCGAACAUGGGGAGUGUCGCACGCAAGAAGUGAUUACAAACAAUUUACCAACACAGACAUUUAAAAUUAUUGUAAAUAUCAUUUUAGUAGCCAAGGCAUUGUUGUCUUAUCCACUGCCAUACUUUGCGGCAGUUGAUUUGAUGGAAACCGCUAUGUUCCAAGGACGGGGUAUUUCUGUCUUUCCUUCUUGUUUGAACGAGAAGAAAGAACUAAAAAUAUGGGCAGUGGCAUUAAGAUUCGGUUUAGUUCUGUUUACUAUGUUUCUCGCAAUUGGAAUACCAUAUUUUGCUCUCUUGAUUCGCUUAAUUGGGAGGUAGUUCACCAACGCGGUACAAAUGCAUGCUAAUGCGUUUUUGUUUUUUGGCCAUGUCCAUUUCCAUCUACGUUUAAGAUGGUAUCGGAUGAAGUGGUACGAGAAAACUGCAGAUAUAAUUAUCAUUUUGCUUGGUUUGGUGUUUGGAAGUAUCGGGAUAUAUUACUCUGCGCAUGCGCUGGCACAGGCGGUGCAUGGGUUACCAACCGAUCCGUACAAGACACACAUGCCAGUAGCACCAAAGCUAGUGAAAGUUACCGAAUCAAAGAACGACAAAGUCGGUUUGUAA